AUGGCUGCCGUUAAUCCGGAAACCCCAAACGACGUAAUCGAUGCCAUUCGACCGGACCUGGAGGCGUUUGCGUCAUUAUGGUCGGCGCUUAGAACCAACUACGAAGGAACUAACGUAACAAAAACUGUGGCUAGAUUGCUUCAUAUGUAUCAGCCACAGGAUGGAGUUUUGGCAUACGAAAGACUUCUUCGAACCCUUUACGUCCUCCUGGAAGACUUUGACGCGGACGGAUUGCGACUUCUGGUGUCGAUGGUUCCGCCACCGAAAGGUGCCGACGAUCGGGCGAUCCAACAAGUAUUCCGAAGAGCCACUGGCUUCGUCAGAAUAAAUGCACCGAUAUUCCAUAGAGGGAACGGUAAUGGAUUCGUACCAACAUCUGACUUUGGAGUCAACGAGCCAGUAGAUCGGAAUUCGAGCACCUCCCGCUUAGUCGAGACCUCUGUAACUAAUUCUCAGUCCGUAAAAUCGGAUAUAACGGAUAUCACGGAUAAACUCGAGGAAUCGCAAUUUAGUCCACCCUGUUCCGAAAAUUCCAGCAAGAGCGGAAAGUCACCGCAGGUCAUACCACCGGAUUCGGAUUUAUUUCGGGGAUUUCCGCCAAACGAAAUUACAAACACCCAAAGUCACGUGCAGAAUAUAAAUCACUUGUAUAGACCUGCCGAUCGUGGAUUUGCAUCCCAAGCUUAUCCCGGCGUAGGACAGGGUGGGACGCAUGUUGGUUCGCACCAGGAGUCUUCGGCGGGUAAUCCGAUCUUGCCGGCCAAUUGCACGCUAAAAUGGUUUCAAACCCCGUACUUUCUGCAAAAGCAUACGUAUCAAGCUGUAGCUCAUCCUCGUCAGGAUUUCUUUCUGAGAACAGCCGAUGACAAGUACUUAAAGGUUCCGAUCACGAAGCUUAAUUCCCUGCAACCCUCCGAAGGCCUUUGUACGUCGCAGUCGUCGUUCAGGAUGUUGUACACAAGCUCUCAAGAAUAUUUCAGAAAUAAAAAGAAAACUGCAACUGGUAGCGCCUUUGACGGAAUCCAGAGAUUACGAGACGAACGGGAAAUAAUUCCUUCCAAGAGGGUGCCGUUUAAUGAAAAAGACCAUUGUCGGUUGUCUUUCGAUCGAGAGAAUACCCCAGGGUCAAAAAUCGCAUCGGCAUCGGUUCCAAACGGAAUUGUCCUGCAACCUGCUGUGCACUCCGAAUUGGAUACCGUGAAACUUGAAAAUCAAACAUGGAAGAGCACCGCUGCGGUCCAAAAUCCUUCUCCAAAAAUCCGCACGUCCUACCGAUGCGAAAAGGUAAUUGGAAAUACUUAUAGUGCAAGCGAAGAGAAAGACUCCUGCAAUAAAGAAACUUUAAAACACAUCGAGGAAGAAGUGAAGAAACGGCAGAGGGCUAUUCAAGAAGACAUAUACAAAAUGGACGUGGUUCGAUCCAAUGAAGAUAUUCCCGUGGCGGAAGUUAUGCAACCGAUCGAGAAGAGUGACUUGACCGUGCGGAAAGAGUUGCGGACGUGCAUACAGAAUUUUUUACGAAGAGCAGAAAAUGAGGAAUUCCUUGAGAUAAAGACAUAUCCAAAAACUAGAUCCUUGGACAAGAUUCAUCAAACCGUAAUUUUGCAUCGAAAACCUCUGGGGUACGAACGUCCGAAUAUUCCCUCCCAGAAACGAAAGUUGGACCCCGAUAGAAAUUCAAAACUUCCCAAUUCAACUCCCGAAAUUUCUUCCGCGGUCGAAGCAAAUCGAAUCGAGACCACUUCGGCAGAAGAGGUAGAACCGGGGACCUGGAUGGCCGAAAAGAAAAGUUCGGAACAGCCGAUAAAGAUGAAAUUGCAAAAAUAUCCAAAACAGAGGGCUCUGAGCAUGACAUCACCUGCAAAAAAAAUGAAAUUAACUACAGGUCUCAAAGUUAAUGCCAAUGUCGAAGAUCCCUCCUCGGACUGUUUCGCUGCAGAGACCGAAUUAAGAUCGGCCAACUUAUUGAGACAAACGGCAUCGAUGACCGAAUUGGCAGUUUAUAGAAAAAAAUACUACGAUGCCCUGCUUAGCAUUCAAAGAGCGAAAGCGGCUGUAGCGAGCUCCCUGGCCACCUCGUCCGUCGGUGGAACCACCGAAUACGAUCCUUAUUACAUUAACUAUCUUCGGCAAUAUCAGAUGCUCCGACAGCAAUACUUAUUGACAGGACCUAGAUAUCCGCAGCAAAGAAUAUUCCAACCAGGACCACCCGGACCCUACGGGACUCAAAAUCCUUGGAUCAGGUCCAACGAAUGGAGGUACCCCACCUACAGACAAUUCAGAUUUUCAAGACACCCUGUCGCUACUCCGACGUGUUCCUUAAAUCAAAGCAAUGGGUUCGAUCCGAGUCCCGUCGAAGUACCCGAACCUCGAGGUUGCGAGGAAAACGCAAUUAGGACUCAAUCUAAACCGAAUCCGAGACGGCGAAAAUUGGAAGAAAUAGUCGGAAAGCUGAAGGAAACUGAACCGAAUGCAAAGAGCAACUAACUCGGUGGCGUUCUCCUGUAUUCCAUCCGA